CCACUCUGCGCCUCAGGCCCCCCCCACUCCCAUGUUGGGCUCGCUCAGUGCCGCGAGGGGAGUCGGACGAGGUGGGCGGUCGUGCGUGGGGAGCCGUCUUAUAACCCACCCCCUCCCCGCCAACAAAAAAAUAAUCCUUAACAAUCGUAAACGAUUCUCUUUUACGGUUCCAAACCACAGCAGCGGUGGGCUACGGCGAGUAGGGCGACACUCGGGGCACACGGACGUACCAGCCGCGAUCGAGCACACGGCGUUGCAUUAACCGCGGCAACCAAAUAAGAGACAAUAAGAUUCUCGCAAGUCAACUUUGCCAAAACCAAAAAAAAAACCCCACCACCAUGGGUUCUUCUGCCUUCGGCCGCCACUUGGAGGGCAACGUCGCUGGCUUAUUCUAGUCGCCAACCCGUCGAUACCAUCGACAGCAUCGGCAGCAUCUUCUGACAAGUUAUCCCAGUUAUUAAAACAGAUUUUUCUGGUUCGACCGGUUCCGUUGAAAGCGGCGUCUGCCCUCCGUCUGAUGCAAGUCGUGCCUUGUCGCAGCAGCAGCAGCAGCUCCAUCUUGGCUGCGCAUCCUCGGCUGCCGGAGAAGAUAUUCAAGCGAGAGGACGGACGCUGGCAUAUGAAAGCCUUACUUGAGCUGACACGCUCGCGAGCCAACAGCCCCCCCCGACAUCAUGAGCCGUAAGAGCAAGCUGCUGCGUCGGCUGGUGCGUUGCCGGUGCCUGCGCGGGGAGGAGGAGACCAUCUCCACCAUCGACUACUCGCACUGCUGCCUGCAGCAGGUGCCCAAGGACGUCUUCCUGUUCGAGAGGACCCUGGAGGAGCUCUACCUGGACGCCAACCAGCUGGAGGAUCUCCCCAAGCAACUGUUCAGCUGCGUCCUGCUGCACAAGCUGAGCAUCUCCGACAAUGACAUCUCCAUCCUUCCGCUGUCCAUCGCCAACCUGGUCAACCUCCACGAGCUGGACAUCAGUAAGAAUGGAAUACAAGAGAUUCCGGAGAACAUCAAAUCCUGCAAGCUGCUCACGAUGCUCGAAGCUAGCGUCAACCCGAUAUCCAAGCUGCCUGAGGGAGCCACUCAGCUCACCUGCCUGACGGAGUUGUACCUGAACGACGCCUUCCUGGAGGUCCUACCAGCCACCAUGGGCAGGCUGACGAAGCUGCGCGUGCUGGAGCUGCGUGAGAACCACCUGCGCACGCUGCCUCGGUCCAUGAACGAGUUGAGUCAGCUGGAGAGGCUGGACUUGGGCAGCAAUGAGAUCUCCGAUUGGCCUUCCGUGCUGGAGCACAUGGUUGCCCUGAAGGAGCUGUGGAUGGAUGGAAACCAGCUGCAAGCUCUGCCGUCGGGCCUGGGGAAUUUGAAGCGGCUGAGCUACUUAGACGCCUCGAAGAACCAGGUGGAGACCAUGGACCCCGGCGUUGCUGGCUGCGAAGCCCUCGAGGACCUGCACCUGUCGUCUAACCUGCUCUGCCAGCUGCCCGACGAAAUCGGCUGCCUCAAGAGCCUGACGACGCUCAAAGUGGACGACAAUCAGCUGUCGUUGCUGCCCGAAGCCCUCGGAGACCUGGACAGCCUGGAGGAGCUCGACUGCAGCGGGAAUCAGCUGGAGCUGUUUCCGGCCGGCAUCGGUCGUCUCGCCAACCUGCGCACGCUCACCGCCGACGAAAACCACUUCUCCUCCCUGCCCCCCGAGAUCGGGAACUGCAAGAACGUGACGGUGCUGUCCCUGCGCUGCAACAGACUCGAGGUGCUUCCCUCGGAGAUGGGCGACAUGACUCACCUCCGAGUGCUCAACGUCAGCGACAACCGACUCAAGUUCCUUCCGAUCUCGUUCACAAGCCUGAAGGAGCUCACGGCCCUGUGGCUCUCCGACAACCAGUCGAAGCCGCUGAUCCCGCUGCAGGUGGACGAGCCGGCCGAUAGCGGAGAGAAGGUCCUCACCAACUACAUGUUCCCGCAGCAGCCCCGCGCGCCCGACAUGGAGUACAAGUCGGAGAGCGAAAGCUUCAACGCGGAGCUGUGGGAACAGCAGAGGCAGCAGAGGACGCAGGUCGCCUUCGAGUUUGACGACCAACGGGAGGAGAGGGACCCCGACACUGUCAAGGAGGGCACCCUGAAGCGUUACCCGACGCCGUACCCCGAGGAGCUGAAGAACCUGGUGAAGACGGCGCAGAGCGUCGUCAACAAGAUACACAGCGACGGCGCCACGGCCUGCACCGGGUCCGGCGCCGCCGCCGCCAGGGCGGCCACCAGCAAGGAGGCGCUGUCCGCUCCUGCGGACGCCAGCCAGACGCCGGGAUUGCAGCCGACUGCCGAGGGUCUUGCGGAGGGCGCCAGCCGAGGGGGGCUAGCGAGCACAGUGGACGGCGGAACGAUCCAGGCCACCGGAGCGGUCGGCCUCGUGUACAGCAGCAGCACCACUUCCACCGUCACCAACGCCACCGUCACCAACACCACCGUCAUCGUCAACCACUACACCCAGGAGAGCGAAGAGGACAGCGAAGUGGAGGAGCAACGCAAGGAGGAGGAAGAGAGGAAGCCCUUCCUCUCGGAGCCACAGCAAUCGGUCGCUCGGUCGCCGCAACUCUCCGCCUUGUCGCAGCCCGUGAAGAGAGCCGAGGGGGCCGUGCCUCUCUCAAUCGGCCUGGAUCUGGACUACAACAGCAACCGCAACAACAGCAACGGCCUGAGCCUCGUGCGUGACCUCCCGCUGCUGCCCCCCCCUGCCGCCGACAGCAACGCUCUUGGUAGCUUCCACCGCCAGGCCCAAGAGAGCCUUCCGGACCAAACCAAAAGCUCUCCGAAAGGGAUCUCUGCUCAGUCGGCGGCGGCGGAAGCCGUGGGCGGCGCAGUGAAGGUGAACGGCACGCCGGGCGGCUCGGGGCGGCCCACCGUGCCUGCAAAACCCAGCGUCCUCUACUCCGCCAAAACCGAGAGCGUGGCGCUGACACAGAGCAAGGCGGCCGUUCCCACACCGCCGAGCGAGUCUCUCCGGCACGACGAAGCUGACGAUCCGGCCUUCCUUCCCCCUCCGCUCGGAGCCUUCGAGCGGCAACAACCAGACGCGGGCACCGCGCCGGAACGGCGGGUGACCGCCGCGGAAUAUUCGUCGGCAGUGGUGACUGCGGCAAGCGUGGUGACGAUGCCCUCCUCGGAGCGGAGCGAAGCCGGGACUCUGGUUGUCGCGACGGCAGAGUACGAGCGCUCGCGGGAGCCUCCACAUGCGAGCGCGGCACGCGUGCCGCUACCCGCCCUGGCCCGGUCGAACAGCGCCAACGCGGCAGAAACCGUGCCGCAGGGGGGGGGGUCCCUGACCGCGGGGACGGCGGCAUCGGCGGCAUCGGCGGAGAACGCGGCGGACGUGGGCAUCCCCCGCAGCCUCUCGGCUCCGCUGCUGGACGAGGAGCAAGGCGGUCGCGCCGCCCCGCCGACCGUGCCCGCCAAGCACGUGAUCUACCACUUCGACAGCGACUUCAGCCCUCGCUCGCAGCGCGGCCAAGCGUUGGCGGCGCAGCAGCAGCAGUACGGGCACGGCACUCACGAUCGCUACGCGCAGCAACAGCAGCAGCAGCAGCAGCAGCCGCCAAGGCCGGUCGGCGACACGCAGUUCAUAUUCACGAGCCGGCACAGCUCGGCCUCCUCGCUCCCACGAACGCCGGGCAGCAGCGGAGGCGGGCAGCAGUUUGGCUACCGCUGCGUGGACGUGCCGCCGGGCGACUGUGCAGAUUACGGCUACGUGCAGGGGCAGCAGCAGCAGCAGCAGCGUCAGCGUGGCGGCGGCCUGGAUCGGCAGGGCAGCGUGACGUCGACGGGAAGCGACGUGUCCGGGGCGACGGGCUACUCGUACCAGGGCUACGCCAGAGGCAUGCCACACAGCGAGAGCGACUACAUGAGCCCGCGGGACGUCGCCGCCAUGAGCCGCGGCGGCGCGCCCUACGGCUUUGCCGCGCCCGCCGGCCGGCCCGUGUCGGCACGGAGUUACACGCUCGACUCGGGCUUCUACACGCAGGCCCACGGGCAGGGUGGCCGCCCCCAGUCGGCACGCCCGGGUCCCCAACAUCUCGCGGUGGGCGGCCGUGAGCGCGCCCCCUCGGACGUCGACCCCCGCGCGGUGGGGAUGGCGGGCCCCGGCGGAGGGUCCGGGGCCCGCGCCCGCUCGGAGUACUCCUUGCUGGCGGGGGCCUCCGGCGCCUCGGAGGCCCGCACACCACCCCCCGCGGACUGGCGCGAGCAGCUGUUGCGGCACGUGGAGAACCGCAUGCUGGAGAAGGGUUCUCCGGGGAUGCCAGGCAGCCCCUUCGACCCAAGCGGUGGCGGCCCCCCGCGCGGGUGGGGCACGGUUGGCCGCGGCGACGGCGGGGGCGGCGGUGGAGGUGGUGGCGGAGGUGGUGGUGGCGGAGGGGCGGCCAACUGGGCCACGAUGGGCCGCCCCAGUGGCGGAGGUCACAUGACGGUGGACGGACCGGCCUACGGAGCGCGACAAGCCGCACGCGACUACAACCGGUUCCCAUCCCAGCCGCUGCUCGGUGGCCCCGUGGGAGGAUGCGAAGACUCGUUCGGUGCCGGGCGACCUGGGGAUCCCGGGUUCACCGGGGUCACCGGGACCCUGAGCCGCAAGGACGUCCCGCCGGAGACGCUCAAACCGCUCUCCUUACCCAACGGGGCGCCCUACCGAGGCCCGUCGUCCUCUCAGAUGGUUCGCCACCCGUCCCGCGAGGAGCUCAUCGACUUCCUGGUGCAGAGGCAGACCAUGCGCACGCCGACGCAAGGCCUGCAGGUGCCUCACAGGGUUCCCAGCAACCCGCACUCCAACGGCUACCACACGGAACACGUGGCGGCGCGGCGGCCAGAGGGAUACGCGGAGGAGGUGGUGGUGCUCAUCGAGAAGAACCCGGGCCUGGGAUUCAGCAUCUCUGGGGGCGUCGGAGGGCAGUCUGGCCCCUUCAGCCCUUCCAACAUGGGCAUAUUCGUGACGCGAGUGCAGCCCGACGGCCCUGCCGCCUCCCUGCUUCGUCCAGGGGACAGGAUCGUGAAGGCCAACGGCUACAACUUUGCGGACGUGGCGCACGAGAGGGCCGUUGCGCUGCUCAAGGGCCUGGAGAACCCGGUGGAGUUGGUCGUGCGACGCUAACGCCCGGAGGCGUCGAGGGAAACACACGUGCCUAAACCACACCUCCUCCCUCCCCCUUUCUUUCCCCCUGCCACUACCCCCCACCCGUACCCCCCCACCCACAUCCCCCCCCCCCCCCCAGAAGUUCGUCGGUCAUUUAUGUUUUUAUUCUGGUGUCGAUGCCUGUGUGAGGGAAAGUCGCAAUAGCAAUAAUACUGUUUGCUUCCAUAUCAGCCGUUGCUGUUCAACAACGGUUUUUUUUUAAAGAUAUAUAUGUUAUAUAUUAUAGAGUGAUGAUUGGACACAGCUCGGGCGACGGACACUGGGUGAAGUGAGGGGGGUGGGGUAAAGGUCGGAUGUCAGGAGCGAGGCGAACGGCAAGACAUUCCCUCCCACUCCCAGGCGCGCCGAUGAAGGAAGGGAGCUCGCAAGCGAACGACGUUCCUGCGUGAACACCUCCUGUCGCCACGCUCUUCUGUCGCCUCGUUUCUUCUGUCUGUACGGCUCGGUACACUCGGGGCGAUCUUCACCGGAAACGCGGUCCACCGCGAGAAAGUCUGGCAACUCGGUACGGCUUUGGCCUAGAGUCGAUAAGAGUUUUGUCGAGGCAGUGAAAACGGAGUUUGUUGAAAUGUGUGUUUGUGAUGAAAAAAAAGAUGGUUGGUCUACUGAUGUGAGCACGUGCUUUAGUUUUGGUAGUUGUGUAACCUCGUUCUGUAAUCUUAAGACAAAUGAUUUGGUGAUGCUGCUGCUGCGUUGUCAGUGGGGGCAUGAGCACAAUAAAAAAAACUCAACACAUUCGUCAAUAACACCGCCUUAAAAUGAAAUGUAUAUUUAAGGUGGUCUUUUGGCCAAUGACCCUUCUUCAUAAUAACUUUAACUGUGCUAUAUUUGUUAAUUGCGUUUGUGAAAGUUGUAUUGUCCUGUUUUAUGAGCUAUGAAGAAGGGAGACUGCCCGAAACAUCACAAAUUAUAGAUAUAGAUGUUUUUACUUUCAAGGUCAAAGGGCCACAGUGCUAAUGACCAAUGUUUUGAGUUUUUUUUCUCUUUCCAUAACCUUAUUAAAAUCUGAACUUCCAAAUUGCCUACUUGAGGGGAGCAGUGAUCAGAUAGUGUAACCAUGUUUGGGCAACCGAUGAUUUUUCUUUCCCACCCCCCUUAUACAAUAACACGUCGCGCGGCCAACUGUUGCUGGCUACGUUUGCCGUAAAGCAAAACGAAGGGGAAAAAAAAUCCCUCGGUGUACCCCCGUUGAUCUUUCGUUGUCGAAAUUGACCAGCGAGGUUCGUCAGCUCCGAGACGGUUCCCGGUCUGCCGAGUGUCCCCGAGGUCCGCUUUAGGUGGUGAGCGUUGCCAGCGUUGCCCGCGCGCUCGUGUGAGGAGCCCCCCAGUGUGUGUGUGUGCUUGCGCGUGCCUGUGCGCGUCACGCGGAUUGGAUGUAUAAAAUGUUUAAGGCAGCAGCACACGAUGAACUAUGGGAUUCUGAAGCUUCUGCAAAAAAAAACAAGUCAAUAAAAAAAGGCCAGGCCUGUGGUGGAGGGUAACGGUCACACUUACUGUGAGCACCAAGCGAAGAUUAGUAUAAAUAGCAGCGGUUAAGACAUUACCGAUACUGUAUAGUAGUUUUGUUGUUGUUGCGUGUUUAUUUUUUAAAACUUUAUAUAUUCCGGCAAGCAAAAAAAAAAUAACAUCAAUUGUUUCUUACUGUGAUAAUUUCUUCUCUCGAGGGCAUCAUCGUGUAUAUAAAGUUUGCAUUAACAGCAACAACUAAAACAUACACGCAACGUGUGGCCCAGGACACGAAUAUUCUCUUGUUGCCUGCCCUAAAACUGCUGCGUUCCCCUCGGUUUGUCUGAUCGAAGUUUCAAAGCUGAUCAAAAGUAACGGUCGGGCUUGACAUUAAUUACGGCACUCAUCAGGAGCGGCAUUGCCUGGGACGUGCAGUCAGGGCACGCAUCUACAAGGCAUAUUCGUUGGGCCGCGUCCGUCUUUGAGUCGGUUUGAUGGGUUUGGGUGUUUGUGGGGGGUGGGGGCCGUUGGUACUCGACACCGAGGCACCCGGUCCGAGCCGAGCUCCCAACGCUCCGCUGAUGUGACGUGUGCAGCACCGGUCCCUUGUGGCAUACCGCACGCGAUUGACUUGAGAUAUAAACACGGGGGGGGGGGGUGGGGUUGAGACGGGCGGAGCACCAGGUAUGACGCGAGGGCGGCUCGGGAGGUCCUGGCGUACCUUGGGUACAAAAAUCUGGGGGGGGGGGGGGGGGAGGGGGGGGGGGCAGCUGAGCCCUGCUACUUCUUGUCAUCUUCUUACGGUACUUCGGAUCUACUGCGUAAUCGUGCAAGGGGCGCAGCUGCAUGCCCGGCGGACAUUCUCAUAUCAAUCGUGGUUUCGCAAGAAAAAUAAAUCCCCCAUGCCUGCCCACGUGCUGGGAUGGCGGUGCCCUGUAUGGCUCUGGUUACCAAGUCCACGUGCUGCUUCCCAGCGACUUGGAAAAUAUUCGUCAAGAAAUGAAGCCGAGGCCCGAGCUUCGGUUUGUUUGGGGAGCACGGUUGGGGCCAGGCUGUUCGGGUUUCACCGGUGCCCGUCGUGAUGGAUGUUUUUUCCCCGAAUAGAGGAAUCGAUUCUCCACCGGAGUUCUGCAAAACUUGGCCAUGGUCUUGUCACGCCCUGUGGGAUUGGAUGACUUUUUCUGCCUUGCAAGUUGAGCGACGUUCCUAUAUAAUGAAAUUGGGGACUAUAAUGCAAAAAUAAAUAGCGCAUAAUUGUUGUGGUCACAGCAAUGUGGAUGAAUGUACCGUCAGUAUAAAUAGGAAAACAAUUGAAUUGUGUGACAAGAGUGGACAUGCCUUGUAAAGGUUACAAUACGGUGCACAUCGACUCGAUCUCAUGGCUCGCAACAUCUUGAAGGAGUGUGGCGCAUGUGUUUUCAGACGCAGGUUUCUCAUUCCAAGUUCAGUAACGAAUGCCUGUUGAGCCAUCGUUAAAUCAACGCACGUUAGGUAGCGAGUGUCGGGAAUACCCGAUCAGCGAGUCUACCGGAUGAGACGAGAGGCAUUUUUAAAUCACCAAGAGGGGCUUGAGUCUUGCGGUCGUCGUCUGCGUUUGUUUGCUACGAGCUUUGGUAAAAGGGCGAUUAAUCGAGAUAUCCCAAGAUAUUGCCCCACGUUUUUAAGACGCCGUUUUAGUUCCCAUUCAGCGCAAGGGGGCAGGAGGACGAGGGAGAAGCAUGUGAAGCCGGGGGGGGGGGGGGGGGGGAGAGGCAGUGGAUGGAGCGGCAGGAGAGGUGGUCGUGUAGAGUCUUGUCUCUGGUCUUGUUUUGUCCUGCUUUUGACAAGUGCCUUCGACAAGUUUGCCUGUCCAUGGACGAGGAGGAGAGCAAUAUUUUUGAAAGAGCCAAAAUGAUGUACACGCUUAAACAGAAAAAAAAAACUAAUUUGUCACGUUACGUUUUUGCAGGUCGAGGGAUGUUUGAACGGAUUUUGUACUGGAAUUAGAAAGUUGUAAAAUGAAUUAACCCUGCCUGAUGAAGAGCUUUCCCAGAUGUAAUUCGGUGUCUUGGGGUAGUACCAAAACGGCCUGCUUUGCAUUUUUACACUCAAGAUUUUAUUUUGUCGUGUGACUAGAGUCGCUAACCUGUGUAACUAAAGACCUGUGGUUGCAUCGGUCGUUCCACUCGCUUAUUUCAAGCUCUCUCCACCACGCAUUAACUUUUUUCUGAUGUACAUAACAAGAUGUGAUUUUAACCGUGUAUUAUAUUGACGCUUUGUUAACAGGGGUAUUAUCGCAGGGUGCAGUUUUAUAAUCACGGAGGGGUUUUUAUUAUUUACAAAUUUGGCUGCUGACACUAGCGUUAAUGGAGCACAUGCAUCAAUCGUGGUUUUUUGGUGAAUUAAUUAAUAGACUUGCGGAUAUCAUGUACAACCCAUUCUUAGCGAUAUAUGCCUACGCGUGUUUACGUCCAUCGUUUUACCUAAUCAUUUGUACAGGGGAAGCUGGAUUUAAUGUUCUUUUUCUAAUAUUUUUCUGGGAACAGGUGUUUUUUUUGUCAAAGCUGUACUGUAAAAUUUAGAAGAGGAAAAAAAAACAGAUGUACAAUAAAACAUUCCACUGGGAAAAAUUGCCCACA